AUGACGCGUGUCGCCAACACUCCCUCGAAUCGUCCAGAGGUCAUCCAGUCGCUCAUCGACGGCGUCGAUCGCUACAACCCCGACAAUGUCUCCAUCCUCGAGGAGUACCUUGCCACCCAAUGCUCCAACCGGGAAGUCGAUGUCAUGGCCAACCUUGCCAUCCUCAAACUGUACCAGUUCAACCCACACUUGAUCAAUGACCAGGUCGUCAACAACAUUCUAGUCAAGGCUCUGACAACAUUACCGGAGCCAGACUUCAACUUGUGUCUGUACUUGCUUAACGAGCAGAUGGUGACCGAAGAGCCUGUCGUUCGGCUGAUCACACUCCGCGAUUUGAUUGAGCAGACUCGGUUCAAGGACUUUUGGAACGUUUACGAAGGUGGCGAUGAGAUCUACAAGGAGCUGACCGCUGAAGUCCUUGGAUUCGAGGAUUCUAUCCGUAAAAAUAUUGUAAAUGCGGUGGCGAUGACUUUUCAGUCGAUCGAGGCACCCAUUUUGAAGGGAUACUUGCACCUAAAGGACCAAGCAUUCUCGGACUUUGUCAAAGCGCAAGGCUGGACUGAGGCUAAUGGUGUUGUUUCGAUCCCCAUCAACAAGGAUAAUGAGGCCAAGACGACUGUUCUGACCGAGAACAUCAAGUUUGAGCAAUUGACAAAGAUCAUUGGACACUCGAACGAUUAA